AUGUCUUUUCCUCAUCCUGGAGCUUUCGAGACAGUUCCACGUCGUGAGACUGAAGAAGUUCAUCGCGACGGCUACAAACUCAUCAAAGAUGUCUACAUAUCAACGAGAGACGGGUCCGAGCUCUGUGGGAACGUUUACCUGCCAACCAACACUGAUGUUCAGAAGUUUCCUGUACUUCUUACCAUGGGUCCAUAUGGCAAAGAUAUUCACUUCUCAGAGUUUGGCAAGCCUAAAACAGACAUGUAUGCGAACAUGGCGAAGGCGAUCUCACCACUUGGGCCAGACGCAUGCUUCGAGACUCCAGAUCCGAUUGUUUGGUGUAAAUCCCACGGCUACACUGUUGUGAGGAUUGACGUGCGAGGUUCUGGCGGCAGUCCUGGUGUACUUGAUCCGUUCGGCAUCGGGCGAACAGUGCUGAUCAAUGACGAUUCGGAGGGCAGAGAUUUAUACGAUGUCGUUGAGUGGGCAGGCACUCAAGAGUGGUCAACUGGCAAGGUCGCCAUGUGCGGCAUCAGCUACUACGGCAUGGCGUGCUACUGGGCCGCUAUGCAACAGCCACCCCAUCUGAGCGCAAUCGUUCCGUAUGAGGCAUUGGCUGACAUGUACGGCGACGCUGUCAGGCAAGGCGGCGUGUGGCAUUCCGGCUUCCAAAAGCAUUGGUACAACAACAUCGUCGUUCCUGAACAGUACGGAAAGAAAGAGGGGUUGAGUGAAGAGCAGCUCGCCAAGCAACGAUUCGACUACGAUGCGCUCGCGACGAACUGGAUUUGGCGCAAGGAAGGCCCGUGGCCCAUUCUCGAUCGUACAAGAGACCUGUCAAAGAUCAAGGUUCCCAUGCUUACAGCCGGCAAUUGGAUGGAUUCCGAGCUCCACCUUCCAGGCAAUCCGACGUCGUAUGAGCGCGCUUCAUCGGAAUGGAAGUUUCUUGAGAUGCACACAGGUAAUCAUCUGGCCGCAUACUACGAGCCGGAGCAAAUCCACAGACAACUCGAGUUUCUCGAUCACUUCCUGAAAAACAAGACGGAUAAUGGCCUGAAGGGUGCCCCUCGUGUCGACCUCCUCAUACGCAAGGGUACCGAAAACUUUUACAGGGCUGAGAAAGCGUGGCCACCAACAGACGCCAAACAGACUCCUCUGUACUUUGCUCCCAACGAGUCCUUGUCUUUUGAACCGUACAAAGGCUCGUCAACAGAUGCUGUCCUCUCCUACGCAGGUCUGACGGGUGUGAACUUUUUCCAGACUGAGCCACUGCAAGAGAAACUCGAAAUCCUAGGUUUUCCACACCUCGACUUGACUGUGUCCACAGACGCAAAGGACAUGGAUUUAUUCUUUUAUUUCUAUGUCAUCGACCCCAAGGGUGAAAAGCUUGUCUUUCGCGGCAAUCAUGACGAGCCUGCGGUGUCCUUCCUCCGAAGCUGGUUUCGGCUCUCACAUCGUACGCUCUCGAAUGAAUCAACGCCUAACAGGCCUAUACUUAAUCAGAUGGGGCCGGCGGCUGUGGAAGCUGGUCAGUGGUAUGAUGUCAAGGUCCCGAUUGUAUGUACUUCCAUGAUCGUUGAGCCAGGGCACAGACUUGCCAUUGGAUUACGCGCCAAUGACGAGGAAGAUAUCAUUCCUCCGAUGCGGCACAUUGGACCGGAUAGACCAGAAGCAAUUUUCUCGGGAACGAAUCGCAUCAAGCUUGGCGGGAAGUUGGUCUUGCCGAUCGUGAAGCGAGUAUGA